UGAUGGAGGAGUGGAUCCACACAUUGUGCUCAGAUGAUCGCGCUAGCACGCAAUCCCCAUCGCCGAUUCGUCAGCCAUCGUGAAUCAUCCCAGCCUCAUUCUCACCACCACGUUCUCCCUUCUAUCACGACACAACAUGGCUUCAUCAGAAACAACACCGCUGCUGCAGCGUGAUGACACACCCCCUGUUGACAUCGUACGCCAACAAGAUGGCAAUGAAUCCGCAUCACCCCGCGGAACAUUCGCCCGCAACCUCAGCGCCCUCGACGGCUUCGCCCUGCUCAUCAGCAUCGUCAUCGGGUCCGGCGUCUUCUCCUCUCCCGGCCCCAUAGAUGCCAACGUGCCCUCUCCCGGCGCAGGGCUUCUCAUCUGGCUCCUCGGCGGCAUCCUCGCUUGGACCGGCGCGCUCACCAUGGCCGAGCUGGGCACCGCGAUUCCAGGCGAAGGCGGCAUCCAGCCCUACCUAACCCACAUCUUCGGCGAGUUCUGGGGUUACUUAGCGGCCUGGAGUUGGAUCGUCGCGACGAUGCCGGCUACGCUUGCGAUUCUGAGUAUUGUGUUUGUCGAGAGCGUGUAUUCUAGUCUGGGGAUUAACAAUCCUACGCCGCCGGUCACGCAUAAGUUGUUGAGCAUUGCAGUGUUGGCAGUUAUUACGACCUUGAAUUCGAUUAGCACAAAGACUAGUACGAGGUUGUCGGGGUUCUUUGUUGCGGUCAAGUUCUUGACUAUCUUUUUGCUUAUUGUUGCGGGUCUAGUGGUUGUCAUCAAGUACAGUCUUACUGGUAACGAUGUUGGUGGUGUGGACUGGCGAAGGGAACAUUGGUUUGCUCCGAGGCGCGAUACUCCGCGACCUGAUGGAGCACCGGGUCGAUUCGAUUGGACUAAGGUGUCGACCUGGGAGUCGCUUGGUUUCUACAGUGCAGCUUUGUAUGGAGCGCUGUGGGCGUACUCGGGAUGGGAUAAGGCGAACUAUGUCGCUGCUGAACUGCGCAAUCCCAGCAAGCAGUUGCCAUUGUCUAUCAACACAGCUAUUCCGACCAUCAUUCUAUGCUACGUAGCUGCUAACGCGGUCUACUACAUCCUGCUGCCGUGGAAGCUGGUUUCCACUACAGAUGCUGCGGCGGUUACGGCAGUGAAUCAACUUUUGGGCAAAGGUGGAGCCUACGCUGCCACAAUUCUUAUCUGUCUGGUUAUUGCAGGCUCAGCGCUUGGCAACUCCUUCGUUUCUGGACGCAUGGCUGUCGCAGCUGCGAACAAGAACUGGUUCCCUGCAGCUUUCGGUACAGUGGGUCAGAUUGGGACUUACAAAGUCGCCAAGGGCGCUGAAGGUGAAGAGAACGCUGAAGAAGCGAUGGAUAAGGGGGAGUCACCAAUCAACGCACUGAUUCUCAACUUCGUCGUCUCAGCGGUCUACAUCCUCCUCGGCAACAUGCGCAUUUUGCUCACCCUCAACGGACUCGCGGAGUACGCAUUCUUCUUUCUCACCGUGCUCGGUGCCAUCAUUCUGCGUUUUCGAGAGCCGGAACUGGAGAGACCGGUCAAGCCCUUCAUUCUGAUACCAAUCUUGUUUGCACUCAUCAGCGGGUUCGUUGUGGUGCGGGGCGCGGUGUUUGCGCCAGUGCAGGCUGCGAUUCUGAUCGGUAUUUGGAUUGUUGGUGCGGUGUUCUACUAUGUGAGGAGGAGAGUGCUGAGGUAAGCGAGCUGAAGACGAGGUUGAAGCGGAUCAUUACGAUCGGUCGAUGGCAGAGGAGCUAGACAGCGACUAGUAGCCUUCUGGAUAAGCACCAAGACAACACGAGACUCGAUCCAACCGACCUUUGGCCUUUCUUUCGCUAAGUCUGGUGGUUGAUUGCUUGGAUCUAGCGACUUCGUC